AUGUCUGUUAAUGAUCUUUUAUCUCCUAAUGGGAAAUUUUGGAAUUCUAUGUUAAUUCGGGAGUUAUUUGAUUAUGUAGUGGCAGAGGACAUUCUACAAGUUCCUUUAGUUGAGGAAGUGCAGGAGGAUAAGUGGAAUUGGAAAGAGGAGCAAAAUGGGUGUUAUAGUGUAUGUUCUGCUUACAGGUUAUGGAGAAAGGAGCAAGUGAGGUCGGGUUCAAGUGGGGUGGAUGGCGACUGGUGUAGCCUUUGGAAUAUCAAGGCUCCCCCAAGAUCUAAACAUUUACUUUGGCGGAUUUGUCGUGAUUGUCUUCCGACGAGACUAAGGUUGCGGCAUUAUCAUGUUUCUUGUCCUUCUAGUUGCUCUUUUCGUGAGGAUACAAUAGAGGACUCGUGGCAUGUGUUUUUUGGUUGUAACGCGACUAAUCGCUGUUGGAAAAUUACAGGUUUGUCCCACAUUAUUUACCCUCGAUUACAAAUUUUCCAUGAUGUAAAAUCCUUGAUUCUUGAUAUCUGUAGUAAGGAGGAUAGUAUGAUUGCGGGUAGAGUUGCGGUAAUGCUUGAUAUUUUAUGGAGAAAUCGUAACAAUAUGGUUUGGAACAAUGAGAAGGAGGAAUAUUCUAAGCUUGGUUUAAAUGCUUUUUGUAGUUGGCAAGAGUGGUUUCAGGCGCAACGGCAUGGUACCAUUGUGGGUAAUAGUUCUUCAAACCUGAGGUGGGUGCCACCGGUGGAAGGAAGUAUCAAAUGCAAUGUGGAUGCGGGUUAUAAUAAUAGUCGGGGUACUACUAACCGGGGUUGGUGCAUGAGAGACCAUAUGGGGAUUUUAGUCAUUAUCCGAUUCUUGAAGCGGAAGCUUUGGCUCUCAAAAAAGCCAUUCAAAGUGUUAUCGAUAUGGAGAUACAAAAUGUUAUCUUUGAAUGCGACUCCCUUAGAACGGUACAAGCUAUUCAUGGCAAAUCCCAAGGUGUCUCAGAAUUUAGUUGCAUUAUUUCUUCUAUUCAUAGAUUGUUAUUUAACUUUCCUAACUUCGAGGUGA